AUGGAUUUACAUGGACAUGACAGUAGACGACGUCCAUCAAUUAAUUUGGACGCUGGCUACGUUUCGAUUUCAUCAAUUAAUAUAUAUGAACCAUCAACAACACUUGGUUUACAUGGAAGAAAAUUAAUUUGUGUUAUUUUUACAAUUAUUAGUCUUUUUUUAAUUAGUUUUAUUAAUUUAAUUUGUCUUCUAUGGCUUAUGUAUAAACUCGAAUGGUCAUUGUUUGAUGGUAGUGGAUCAAAAGUAUUUCGAUUUGAUAAAUAUAAUGAAGAAGUUGAAUUCUAUAAGCAUGUAUCAUUUAAUGAAUCAAUUUAUACAACUAAAAUAAAUAAUGUAACACAUAUAAAUUUAUUAUCAGAAAAACAAAUUGAUAUACAUGGUGAACAAAAUUCAAUUUUAUUUGAUGAUGAUCAAAUAUUAUUAAAUACUGAUAAAUUUUAUUUGAAAAAUUCUUCUUCUAUUGAUUUUACAAAUCUACAAUCAUUUAAUUUUGAUAAUGAAAUUAAAACUCGUAUUCAUCUUAAUCGAAUAAGUUCUCAACAUAUUCAUAAUAAACAUUUAAAUCUAACGGCAACAAAUCAAUUAGAUAUAUUAAAUAUUACUCAUGCUUUUUUCUAUAGUCAAAAUUUAGUAUUAGAAGCAAAUAGACAUAAUCGUCGAUCAAUACUUCGUUUUAGUAAUUAUUUAACACAAAAAAAAUCUUUUCAUCAUUAUCAAAAAAUUUCACAUGAAAAUUUACAUUUCAAAAGUGAUUCAGUAUUUUUUGAUUUACCUCGAUUACCAUUAGUAAGCAAUAUUCAUCGUAGUGAAUCUGGCAUUUAUCGUAUAUGUAUUUGUAAUACAACUUUUUUAUUUUUACGCAGUCUUGCUCAUCAACCAUGUCCUAUUUGUUAA